AUGGAUGGUUAUCUUGGCGGCUGCGAAAUUGAACUAAUGACCCGGUCCGAAGAUGUCGGCAUCCACUUGUAUGACAGUUCGAACGCCGUACCCGAUGAUGUCCACCGUGGGCUCCACAGCAAGGUAGAGCAUGGACGGUGACUUGCGCGGCAUUUUUCGCACACUCUUCUCCUCCCCACCUGAGUCCGAUGUCAAAACAUAGACAGGAAGACCGGGGACGAGAGAAAGCGCAGGUGCCUGGCACGGCAGGACUGGCACCUAAACGUACAACACACCUCUUGGUCCACAACAUGCAAUUAGCCAGUAUUUUAAUCAACGACAACAGCACCACAACGGUUCAGAAGGACGAAGAUGACUGGGCAGUCAUGUCAACUACCUGCAUACCCAGCAGGAGCACAAGCACAUCUACCGGCAGGGAACCAGGCGUCAGGGAACUGCCAGCGCACAUCAGGCUGCGAGGGCCAUGGUUAACUGAUCUUGGCAUAAAAGAGGCUUACGUAAUUGAGUCCCAGAAGGAUGACACGCAGACCUGCAUUUAGCCUGGGCCAUUACCAUUAAAAGGCUGGCUGACCAGUUAGUAGUCGACUGAGAGACACUACCCAUAAUGCGCACACACACUCCUCACAUGCGUAAGAGUGCCAGAGGUCACGUUAAGAAGGAGCCGUUUCAACCUGGUUCACGGCCCACCAAUACGCCAUUCCAAACAGACACACACAGUUGGGCUGAGUGCGUGGAUUGAGUCUGCAGCCUUACAGGCCAUGGCGCCUGAUCCACCAUGGUAGCCUCAAACUCGUAUCACACAUGCAGCAGAGGAGCCACAUGGAGAAGGAGCCGAGAAGCACAUUUCCCACUUGCGUGGGAGGAUGGAAUCGAAUGCUUGCGAUGGGUGGCGUUGUUGUAUAGUGUAGAUGAUGACGGGGAGAGGUAUGACGGUGUGGUGUAGCCGGCGAUCGUCAACCGCAGGCUCUCGGAAAUGCCCAUUUGUCCUAUCGGGCCUUUGCGGGUAGUGAAUGUUCGAGGGCAGUCGAGGCGAAUGCGGCGACUGUAGGUUGGUGCGCUAGGUACUGGUUGACUACUCUCUGGGCGAUGGAUUCGCAAGUGACCGAUCAGGUCGAUGUGUGAGGUGAGUGUACAAUGAUAGUAUAGGCAGGAUAGGUCAGAAGUGUCAGAGUCGGUUUUAGUGAUGGUGACGUCGGUGGAGCUGCUGGUGGUGUGGGUUGAGCUUCUUGUACACUGUCCAGGUCUCCGCUCCAUACAGCAGAGUCGGCAGAAGGACUGCUUUGUACAUCUCCAGUUUGGUGCUGAUGUGGAGACCGCGUCGAUUUCAGCCGGUACUUUGCAGACGACCGAAGGCUUGGCCGGCCUAGGAAAUCCGGCAGGCCACUUGAUCGUCGAUUAUGGUGUUGCGAGAUAGGGUGCUGCCCAGGUAAGUGAAGUUGUCCACAUCUUGCAGUUAGGCACCGUUAACUUUGAUGUGUGGUGCUACGUGGGCAGUCUUGGUUGGCGUUUGGUGCAUAUACGCCGUCUUCUCCGUGUUGGUGAUUAGGCUGAAGUUGUCACUGGCGGUGACGAAAAGGUCCCUGUUCCUUUACCUGUCUCCUUCGUAGGUGGCGUUGAGAGCACAGUUGUCAACGAAGAGAAGUUCAUGGACGGAGGUUGCGGAUGCAUUCGACUGGAAGUGCAUCCGCCGCUGCUUUAGGAGUUUAGGAGGAGUUCCUCACUCAUAUCCCAGGUAUGGAUGACCCUAUUAUCGACAAGCGAUCGCACCUCAAAAAAACUUACUCCAGCAGGACUGGUCGCAUUUGUAAGACUCAGAAAGGGCUAAAAAUGUGCACAGAAAGCGGAAACACCGUGCAAAAUAUGCCAUCGGCAAGUCCUGUGAACUGGCCUGUCUUUAUGCAUGUGCGGCUUAAUAAUCAUAUCUCCGAACAGGUCCCUUUAGGAAGCAUGGGCGGUUGGUAAAAAUAGCGGUCUGGCCUUCACAGGAUACCUCACAUGUACAAGAAUAAAAUCAGGGGGUUAUAAUCGAAGAGUCCCUGUUUCACUUAAGUACGUUAAAAUGUUCAUUCCACUCCAGUCCUAGCCAGGGAACGAUCAUUAGUACUACUCGAGAUGGUGGCUGGGACAGCAAUGCGGACCCACAAUGAUUUUUACAAAAAAAAUGAAAUUAGGAACUAUGGAGUCUGCAUGUAAUUUAAUUUUGAAUCAAAGUUGCACGGAUUCAUGCGACAACCACCUUUGUGCCUAUAAUACAGCUGUCGUUAGAUCGAUACUAAUGUCUACAUUUCUACCCCUUGCUGUACCUCUAGCAAAAGCUGUACCUCAGGAAUUCUGUGGCAGUUAAAUGCGUCUGCAUCGUCGGUUGUUAAAGGCAGGUUGGACGACCUAUUAUCGGCAGCUGAUAAAAGAGCAAGUUGUCGCUCAAAUGCAUCACUCUGACAGGCCCCUUCCUUCUGUUAUCGCAUCAUUCCGCCGUUGCCCUUGGUUCAAGGAGACGCAAGUCUGCAGGAGGAGGGGGCAGCAUUUGAGAAGGAGUCCCGCUACCCCUCCAGGCUUGAGCACACGCACUACCCCUCAAACACAGUCUCCGACCCUAUAACUCCCUUAAGAGUUACCCUCAUUUUCCUCCUUCCUCCUCCUCCUCCUCCUCCUCCUCCUCCUCCUCCUCCCCCUCCUCCUCCUCCACCCCUCCGCUCUCUCCUAUCCCGCCUUCCCCUCAUUUUGGUGCCGGCAUCGAAACGCAGAUCGAGUCAACCAGUUCCAUCCCGACACCGGCCAAUCUGUCCGCUAUCUUGGUUUUUCCCUGUUCGCUCUUUCUGCACUGCACCCUUCGCCAGCCGUGA